UCGCUACUCAGACCCCACGCCCCUGCUGCUCAGUGCUCAUCCGCAGGCAGGCCCCUUUAAGGGCAAGUAAAGUUAUUUAGCUCUGUCGUGCCCCUGACUCUUGGCUGAUGGCGAAUCCCUGACUGACAGCCCUCCUUCAACGACAAUUUCAGAAUAAUGAAAAGAUUUCUGAAAAGGAAAGUAUCAACAUCCGAACCCGAUGGUGGUGGUAUUGGUGGAGAAUCUUCAAAUGGAAAUGUCUCUCAUAAUAAUCCUGAACCUAGCUCUACUCCUUCCAUGGCUAGGGAAGUUGAUAUGAAUGAUCUUUCUUGGGAUAUUGUUCCAACUAUUCAGAAAGAUAUUGUUCAUUGCUUUGCACAAGAAGUACUCAAAGCCAUUUCUGAAGAAAUUAGUGAUGAUGUUUUUGCAUUGUUAGUUGAUGGGUCUAAUGCCAUACCUAAGAGGAAACAAAUGGUUGUGGUUUUGCGAUAUGUUACAUGCGGGAUUGUUAAAGAAAGAUUUAUUGGUUUUGUUCAUGUGAUGGAGACAGAUGCUUUAUCUCUUAAAUCUGCCAUUGAAUCUUUAUUUGUUGAAUAUGGAUUGAGUUUGAAAAAGGUUAGAGGCCAAAGUUACAAUGGAGCAAGCAAUAUGCAUGUUGGGUUCAAUGGUAUGAAAACUUUAGUCAAGAGAGAAAACAACUUAGCAUAUUACGUUCAUUGUUUUGCUCACCGACUUCAGUCUGUUGUUGUGACAGUUGCAAAAGAACACCUUGAAGUUGGAAAGUUCUUUGACAUGAUAGAUGUUAUGAUCAAUGCGGUUUGUGCUUCUUGCAAACCAAAAGAUAUGAUUCGAGAAAGUCAAAGAGAAAAAGUGCAAGAAGCGAUCGGUAAUGGUGAAAUUGAAACUGAAAGUGGGUUAAAACAAGAGAUUUCUCAUGUAAAACCUGAAGAUAUACGUUGGGGGUCUUAUUACAAAACACUUUUGUAUUUGGUUGAUCUGUUUCCGUCUGUCGUUGAGGUGCUUGCAUAUGUAGAAGAGGUAGGUGUUAAUCCUUUCAGUCAACGUAAAGCAUAUGAUCUUCAAGUAUAUUUCCAAUCAUUUGAUUUUGUGUUUUACUUGCACUUGAUGUUGCACAUUUUGGGGGUCACAGAUUUAUUAUCACAAGCUCUUCAAAGAAGAGAUGAAGAUAUCUUGAAUGCUAUUUCAUUGGUGAAAUCAACCAAACAGUUAUUGCAAAAGUUCAAAGUUGAUGGGUUUCAUUCACUUCUGAAGAUGACCUCUUCUUUUAGUGAAAAACAUGAUAUAGAAAUGUUGAACUUGGAUGAUGAAUAUGUUAAUCCAAAAAUACCAAGACAAAAGACCAAUAUCACCUAUAGGCAUUAUUACGAGUUCCAUUGUUUUAACACAAUUGUGGAUAUGCAAAUUGAAGAGUUCGAUGAUAGAUUUAGUGGGGUAAGUUCUGAAUUGCUUAUUUGUAUGGCGGCUUUGAAUCCACGUGACUCAUUUUGUGACUUCAAUCCAUCAAAGCUACUAAGGCUGACUGAGUUGUAUCCAGAUGAUUUUAGUUGUGUGGAAAAGGUAACUCUUGAGCCUGAACUUUACCUCUACAUUGACAGCGUGCAACAAGAUGAAAGAUUUGCCAAUUUGAAAGGUAUAUCUGAUCUUGCUAGAGUGAUGGUGGAAACAAGACUACAUCUUACGUUUCCUUUGGUUUAUCGAUUAUUGAAGUUAGCAUUAGUUUUACCGGUUGCAACCGCAACAGUUGAGAGUUGUUUUUCUGCAAUAGAGCUUGUAAAGUCAGAUUUGCGUGAUCGAAUUUGUGAUGAUUUUUAUGAUUCUUGUGUAAGUUCUGCUGUAGAAGAAAAAGGAGUUGCCAAUGUUACAAACGAAGAUGUGAUGAAUCACAUUGAGAAGAUGAAAGCUCGUAUGAACGAUCUGAGAAUGUAAUUUGCUUCUUAUUUUUAAUGAUAUUGUACCUUGGUUUUAAACAUCAAUUUUUUAUAAUUAUGUUAGUUAAAUGUGUCCCAUGGUC